AUGUGGCCACAAUGUUUGAUCUCGUCCUGUGACGAGGUUCUUGCUCAAUGUAGAACCUAUUUUUCACCCAAUGUAAUAGAAAAAUACGUUGUGGCCUUUAAGUUGGAUGCUGAGGAUGAUAACCCUCAUUAUCAAAAUGGGAAACCAAAGGUCUACCAAGAAAAAUACGAGACAGCUAAGGAUGGGUGGCCUAAGUCCUGUAUGAAAGAAGGAGUCUUCAUCAGUCGUUGA